AUGGCCGCCGGCGGGAGCCGCGCCGUCCUGGGGCUGUGGCUGCUGGCGGCGGGGCUGUGCGGCGCGGUGGCGGCGGGCAGGUCCCCCAGCUGCCACGAAGUGCGGACGGCGUUCCAGCUGCGGCAGAUCGGGCCCCUCAAGCUGGUCCCCGACGUGCCCACGGCCGAGUCAGAUUUACAGAUCUGCCAACACAGGGCACCAACAUGUUGCACCAAAAAGAUGGAAGAAAGUUACCAGGCAGCUGUUCGGAGGGAGAGGGCUCAGAGCAUCCAGGCCCUGAACUUUGAGCUGAAGUACAUGAUUGUUGGUCACAUCACAGCUUUUCAAGAGGCCUUUGAGUCUUUGCUUCGCUUUGCUGAGAACCGCACGAGUUCCCUGUUUGAGACAGCUUACAGACCUAUGGCAAAAGAAGCAGCAGAGCCCGUUAAGGAGCUUUUUACAGACAUCUCUCUCUACAUUCUGGGUGCAGAGACCACGGUGGAAAGCGCAGUUCUGCGGUUCUUUGACAGCCUCUUUCCUCUGGUGUACAGCCGGCUCAUAAACCCAGGAAUUACAGAUCUGUCAGAGGACUACACCGAGUGUCUGCGGCUCACUAGGCAAGACAUCAAUCCUUUUGGACGCUACUCUAAAAACAUGGUGACAGAGCUGUCCAGAUCUCUGUGGGCCAGCAGGAUGCUGAGCCAGGCGCUGAGCCUGGGCAUCGAGGUGAUCAACAGCACGGAGCACGCGGCGCUGAGCAAGGAGUGCAGCCGGGCCCUGGUGAGGAUGCAGUACUGCCCGCACUGCCAGGGGCUCACCCUCAUCAGGCCCUGCGUGGGGUACUGCCUCAAUGUCAUGAGGGGCUGCCUGGCCAGCGUGGCAGAGCUGGAUGCUCAGUGGAGGGAGUUCAUCUCCACGCUGGAAUAUCUCACCAAUGAAAUGGCUGCCUCGCACGAGCUGGAAACGGCCCUGGCGGGCAUCUGGAGCUCCAUCAACGAGGCCAUCCUGCACGCACAGCUCAAUGGACCACAGCUCUCUGCCACAGUUGAUAAAGUGUGUGGACAGCCCAAACAGCAAGAGGGGAACCUGUCAUCAGCCAGUAUUGUGCCAGUGAAGGAGGUGACUGGAACCCAGACAUUUGUGAUGGCCCACAUCAGCCUGAACAACAGGAGAAGUUCUCUGCCUCUGAAAGCUUCAAAGAAUGACAAAUCAAGAAGUUUGAAAAAAAUCUCUCGAGAGUUCAUCAGUUACAUGAAGAGGUCCAGAACCUUUUAUGCCUCCAUAGCAGAAAGGCUUUGUGAUGGAGACCUGGUGAUGAGAGACAGCUCAACCUGCUGGAAUGGAGAGGAUGUUGUGGAAAGUUAUACCAGCAGAGUUGUUUCCAAUGGACUGAAAGCACAAAUUAAUAAUCCAGAACUGAAAGUCAGAGGAUUGGACCCACUCAUCAAAAAUUUAAUUGAUAAACUUCAGCACUUUAAUCAACUGGAUGCUGAGAAGGCCAAGCUGAAGCUGGAGAGAUGGGGACCCCGGGAUGCUGGCAGUGGGGCUGGAAGGAGUGAGGAGAUGGAGUCGAGUGGAGACUGUGAUGAUGAGGAUGGCUGCCAAGGAUCCGGGGACAGGAUGCACACAGCAGAUGUACUCAAGGACAAGAAAACCCAUGCAGAGAAGAGAAAUGAACCAAAACCAACCGUGAAAAAGAUUGACACCACAACCAGCACAAGCACUGUCAAGUCAUCCUCCAAGCACAGUGUGACUGGCACUGGGAGCAGCCCAGCCCUGAGUGCCCCCCUUGCUGUCCUGGCAGCCCUGGCAGCUCUGUGGCACUGUCCCCUGUAGCUGCACUGCCCUGCUGUGCUCCUGCUCACUGUCACUGAUACCUGCAGCCUUACCCGACUGGAAACAAAUGGAAAUGGCUCUCUAGUUGAUGUGAUUUGUUAGGGUAAAUAAGGAUUGGAAUGCUGGAGUUGGCAGAUACCAAGUGUCAUCACUUUCAAUGGCUGAAGAUAGCUGUUGGCAAAGCCCGCCCAAGGUACAGCGAGGAUGAUCACAAGGGUCUGUGUAGCUCAAGUUAUGCGGUAGAAAUAACUGAAAACCCAGAAAUUGUGUAUGUGUGUGUUACUGUUUUUAUCAAUUUCGUUUGCUAGAAUCUGACUGGCCGUUGUUUAUUUGUUUAAUUUUUCUGGUAAGUUAUAUGAAUGGUCAGUCUUCAAAUUCAAGGCAAUCCAUACUUUGUUUUUUUAAGUGAGCAGCUAACAAGCUGUGCUCCAGUUCACAGAAUGACAGAAUGUUAUGGGGUUGGGAUACACCCUAAAGGUUAUCAAAUCCCAGC